AUGAAAGGGGCUGCCCGGCCCAGCGUCCCCAGCAUAGUAAUCGAGCCCCCCGCUGGGCCAAUGCCGGCUCCGCGACCACCCCCCUCCCCUGGCGACCUUCUGCAGAUCACGGGGCCUGCAGCAGCCGGCGAUGGCUUCAUGGCCGACGAGACCAAGUGCCGUCUCGGGCAAUCUCUUGGUGCGAGCUACUGCGGCGACUUUGAGAUCCGGAAUGCUUACUACAUCGGGUCCGUGAGGAAGCCGCGCCUCUGUCGAACUGUACACCUUGGCGAGGAAGUUGCCUUGACGCCGCUUUAUGCUGGCAGCAGUCUCACGUUCCUGUCGCCUCCCGGUCAGUCCGCUUCUGCCACGAGUCCCUUCUCUCGCAGCACCGUCUUGGCCGAGUGUCCUUUCCGCAGCGCCAUCCGCAUCGCCGUCCCCGUGGCCCAGCAGCGAUAUACCGCCCAAGGCCUGCCACCAGCGCGGCUUUUGCUGUUUGGAGCGGAGCUGCACGUUUGGCGCAGAACUCACACGGCCGGCCGUAGUACCAUGUUCCUACGAAACUCGCAGCCCAUCACCGGUUACCAACUACACCGCGUCAAGGACCAGCCAGCAGCCAUGUUACCGCGCCCUUCGCUCCUGGCCCAGGCCAUACUCUUCAUCAUGGUAGCCCUGCUCAGCCUUGGCUUGGCGGCCCCGACGCCCGGUGCCCCAGACCACGACCAUUCAACAAGGGGUACAGGCAUAUCGAUGGAGGACCGUAGGAUGCUUUACAAAGCAUCUGUUGCCUCCUUGGAACCAGAGGCCAGGGACGCUUUCGCACUGGACAUCCGGCACUAUUUGCUAUCGUCUUUCUUAAUUCCUUGCGGCAUGGCCGCGUGUCCUCCGACGAUGGAGAUUCUUGCCUUUGAGUACGCCAAAAGACUGGUGGCAUACUUGCAAGAUCAUGCGGACCGCGACGCCUCUCAGGCGUUGGACAAGUUGGUGCAAGUGAGCACCGCCAAGGAGCACAACAUCCCCAAGGAGGUGCUCGACAGCUACAUUGCCCUGAUUAUGGAGUUGCUGCGUGCAAUGUAG